GCCCUGUUGUCGACCGUAAGGGCCGUGGGUUUAUUCCAACUGAUUUUUUUUUGGGAAAAACUUCGCACUCGCGGAAGCCUACUUAACGAGGUGAUAAAAGCAGCCCCAUCUAUUGCUGCCAUUCGCGUGUGCGCGUGAGGGUUGUCCGUUCGGUGGUCAUCUACACGUGGUGCGUUUCAUGGCAGACAUUUUCCGGCGGCUACCGCUCCUGUUACUAGCAACUCUUCUGCUGCUUCUUCUCGUCUUUUUGCGUGCCUUCGUCGUGCCGCGGCCUCCUGGGCGUAGACAGAGACGACAAGUGGACAGGAAGACAGCGAUGGACAGACGGGACAGCUCAGUCGGACAGCAAAGACGUGUGAUGGAUUUCUCCAUUCCUGAUUGGCCCCUGUCCGGCCAUCGACACGCCGCAUAUGACCCCUCCUUGUACAGUCAUCUUCCACCGCACGAGCAGCCGUUGCCGCCGGAUCCGGAGGACGCCUGGGUUAAGGAUCUGUCGCACACACUUCCUCUGGGGAGUGGAUCUACGCAGGAGUGGACGAGCAGGCAGCGCCAGCAGAGCGAAGCAGGGACCACGUGCGAGUCGUUCACCGCAUUGCUGGAGGAGGGUGUCGACAACGCCGCCACGGAGCUUGUGGACUUGGAUUUCGGAUUGUGCAGCGGGAGUGGUGCAAGUGGUCCGAUCCACGGCGGGGGGGUGGUGGGAGCGCUGACGUUCGGAGGAGGAUCGUCCCGUGUCGGUGGGCCGACGAAUGGGUGUCGUCCACCGGUCUCGAGUUCCAUGGGCGCCGGGCCAGUUGGCGAGUCGUCAAGGGCAGUGACACCCACCCGCCCCUCGGUGUCUUCACGUGCAAUGCGGCAGAGGGCGACCGCAAGUGCUGCAAUCAAUGAUGGGACUCCACCGGAAGACAUCGAGAGGCAGGCGUGGGAGAACUGCAGCCUACAGAUGCGGCGUGCUGCCACGGAGAACAUAACCACCGGUGUGUCCAGGCUGCGUGUGGGGAGCGACGUGGAUGCGGACGACAACCGUCGGGCGAGUGGGGACGAGUCUCCGGAUUCCCAUUACGAAGACGACGCGGAAGACGGUGAGGGGCUGGAGAUCCGACCCGUGGCUGCGCGUGGUGGGCGGAGGGGAGGACGCAGACGUCAGCAGAGGGGCGAGUCGUGUGGUGGCCGAGGAUCGAAGGCUCCUGUGGGCGACAAGGGUGGCAAGCACCCAGCUUGGAGUGUGGAGGAGAUGCUGAAGCUCGCUCGAGCGAAGCGGGAUCAGCAAGCUCAUUUCGAGGGAAUGCCGCACAACUACAGCCGCAUGUGCAACAGGGAGUGGAAGCUGCUGGACCUACAAAAGCGGCUGGCGGAGGUCGGAGUGAACAGGGCAACGGACGACAUCGGAAAGAAGUGGGAUAACGUCUUCCAGCAGUACAAGAAGGUGCAGCGUUACCAGAACAUGUCCGGUGGGAAGAACUUCUUCACACUAACUCCUGCAACGAGAGCGGACGAGGGCUUCAACUUCCGAAUGGAUGAGCGAGUCUUCAAUGAGAUCGACAACAUGUCGAAAAAUAACAAGACCAUCUACCCGGACAACGUGGCAGACACGAGCGCCCGCGGAGGAGUGCCGCCAGCAAUGGAUGGUCACCGUCAGGCGGCCGUUGGUGGAGAGUCCUCUGCUGGUGGAGAGGGGGGUGAUGGUGUCGACGAAGAUGUGGGUUCAGCGCGGGAGUCGGGGUUCAGUGCAGGGAGCACGGGCAAUCCAGCGAAGAGGAAGAACAUGCGGCAGCAGACCUUUGACGCCAUCGCCGAAGUCAUGGACAAACACGGUGCAUUGAUGGCAGACACGGUAGAGGGUGCGAGCAAAUGGCAGUGUAGCAUCCUGGAGCGGCAGUGGCCGUCCAUUCUGUGGACCGCACUAUCCCUUGGUAUUUGGGGUGGUCUGCCCGCAUGCGGAAUGGGUUAUCGUCUCUGUCGUCGCGUGGAGGGGUGUGAUGGAGGCCGUCUGGGCGGGAUCCGUGCGCCGAGGGAGGGGAAAUGUCACUGCGAGCACUAUAAAGGUCCGCGCGAGCGCUAUCUUGUCCAUGUCUUUUGGUUCUCGACUCCACACAAGGCCACGCGUGGGGUUUCAGUUGUGCUGCGAGGGAAGCUCAACAUCGCCCGCGCAAGACGAUCCCUGGCAACUUCCUCUCAAGCACUGUGGCAGUCUGUUUUCGUUCACGGGGCGUGCGCAUCCGACCGUCAGCGAAUGGCGCCACGUGUCCAGCAGAAGGUGAAACGUCCACACGGUGGUUCCGGCGAAGCAGGUGCAGGGCAAACAGGAAGGGGCCACGUCCCAAAGUCGAAGAACCACGCGGGAGACGGGUCGGAAGGCGAGAUGGGGGGUGACGGGGGAGAGGAGGUGACGCCUAUGGACAUCACUUUUGCAGGGACGCCUGCGCUCGGGUUCGGGCGAGACGGUGUGAGCAGGCAGCGUAUGCUUGCGCUCACCAACCUUGGCGUCCUCACGUCCACGCGCGGUGGCGGUGGCGGGACAACUCGUGCGCAAGGAGUUCUGUCCGGUGACAUUUCGCCGCAGAGGGCCGUGGGUUCUGCAUCUACCAUCGCAUCUGUGUCCGAGCGCGGCGAUAAAGCUCCGGUCGACGGCAAAGCGUUCUGGGCAACCGGCCCCGGACGGAUGAUCGUGGACGCGGUGUAUUCCUGCGCGGACUACUUCUGCGCGAUCGUCAAUGGGGAUGCAGGCGCCAGCGCUCCGCAAGGCCUCAUGAUGCCGCCCCCCGAAGUCCCGCUCAUGCGGAUCGAAGAUGGCGCGCAACGAGAGCCAACUCUCAGAGGGGCAAGACGAACGGAGAACGUGGCGAUGCGCGUCAUCCACGACUGGAUAUUCAUGUCGCCUUCAAGGUCCGAUGGUUUCGCCCACGCGGAGUCCUACGUCGCUACAGAUUACCCCAUCGACCUGGCGAGAGCGGUUUCGCAGAGCUUGGAGUGGUCGAGGAUAGUACCGCCCGCCGUAGUUUACCACACGGUCGCUUUGAAGAUGGACAUCCCAGUGUGGUUCGCCGGGGCGUAUAUCGAGAACAGGCCAGAGGACGAUGACAUUGCCACGCACCAGGAGGCGACUGUGAUGCAUCUUGCAUCAUGCUUCCACGACGCACUCCGGGCCGGGCAGUGGUGGGACGGCGGUAGAUUCUCACACCUGAGACUGAGCAGAAUCGGGGAUGCUUUCCGCCUGCUUCUCGCCGCGUGCAUGUGGGUCAUGCGCAUGGGAGGCGACGAUGCGCGCUCCUACGAGGAGGCAUCUUACUACGUGCAGCUAGUGGCGAAGCCUACUCUCGUGGCGGUGUGUUCAUCGUCCUUCAACUGGCACCGCCAUGUGAUGCACUCGACGAAUGUGGUCUUGAGUCGCCUGCAGAAGCCACCGUUGACGCUGGGCGCUUUCCCUGACUACAUCCCGGAGUGGGCUUCGUGCGGAGUGCGGUACAACUGCAACGCUGGUCUGGCGGACCCCGACGUCGAGGCGAGAGUGGACUGGAUGGGGACGGGACCUUUCGAAGGCGAUCGGAAGGAGGACGGUACAGAAGAUGAAACGGGAGCGUAAGUGUCCUCGAUAUGGUCGUCUUGCGUGACAAGGAAGAAGGUAUCGCCCGUGGAGUGAAGCGGUCCGUCAUUAAGGUUUCGACAUGG